UUUUGGCUUCAUAUUUUCCCCCACAGCAUUCUUCAAUAUACUUUUCUCAGUGCUUUGUUUUGCUUUAUAGUGCUUCCACUUCUACAGUUGAGAACACAUCGGUACAACAAACAACAUGGGAAAGACGAUCGAAAUUUACGGAUUCCGGCCAGAGGUGACCGUUGACGAGGUGAAGGAAUUUCUCGAGAAUCACACCGGAGAUGGAACGGUAUUGACGGUGAGGAUUUCGAAGCCCAAAGACGAAAAAACCCGAUUCACAUUCGUGACGGUUCGGUUCAAGAGCGAACUGGCGGCGGAGUACAUAGUGGAGAAGGCAACAGCGGCGGAGAAGAAGCUGUGGUUCGGAAGUUCGUAUCUGAAGGCUAGAGAAGUGGAGAGGGCGUCGCCGGCGAGAGGUGGCGGAGAAAUGGAGAGAAUGGAAGACGUGAAGGGGCACUUGGGAAGUCUAAUAUCGAAGGAUAAAAUGAGGGUAAUUUGGGAAGGAGAAAAUUGGAAUGUGGAAUUUGGAAUUGGAGUUAGAAAAUUAAGCUUUUAUUUGAGUUAUGAAGUUGAGUAUAAAAUGGAGCUUGCUUUUGAGAAUAUUUUGGGAGUUGAGUUUCGUUGCCCUCUCAAUCAACCUUCCAAGUUUUUUCUCAUUCAGUUGCAGGGUGCUCCACGGAUAUUCAAGAAAAGUCGAUCGUCAUCUUCCUCUCGAUUAAAUUCCAACGAAUUCUGUUUCCGUUGGAUUAGGGAUGUCGAUUUCACUCCAUCUUCAUGCAUUGGACAAUCCUUUGCUCUAUGCUUGGAACUUUCUCCUGGACAUCACCUUCCCCCUUUCUUCCAAAAUUUGGUUGGCUACAAAGAAACCUAUGCUCCAUUCAUUCUCCAGACAGGUUCUUCUUUCUCUUCCAUUUCAAAUCUGGUUCCUAUCAUUACUCCACCUCGAGGCUUUGAUAUCUCUUAUAAAACUUUGUUCAAAAUCAAUGCCCUAGUUCAACAUGGCUAUCUACCUGGACCAACGCUAGAUGACGAAUUCUUCCGACUAGUCGAUUCAAGCAGAUUUCGUCCUGACUAUGUCGAACAUGCCCUAGAAAAAAUGUUUAAUUUGAAGGAAUGUUGUUAUGAACCACAAAAGUGGCUCAAACACCAUUACCUAUCAUUUUAUACUUCUAAUCAGCUUCCAUGGAAACCUAAUAUUUCUUUGGAUGAUGGUCUGGUCUAUGUGCACAGGGUUCAAAUUACACCAUCUAAAGUGUACUUCCGUGGUCCGGAAGCCAAUCUUUCUAAUAGAGUAGUUCGUCGCUUUAUUGAUGAUAUAGAUAAUUUUCUUCGUGUGUCUUUUGUUGAUGAGGAUUUGGAUAAACUUCAUUCAAUUGAUCUAGCUCCGCGUUCAUCAUCUGCUGGAAAUAGUGAAAGGACUAGAGUUUAUGAUAGAAUACUAUCUGUCUUAAGAAAUGGUAUAGUCAUUGGUGAUAAAAAGUUUGAGUUUCUAGCUUUCUCGGCUAGUCAACUAAGGGAAAAUUCUUUUUGGAUGUUUGCUUCGAGGGAGGGGCUCAGUGCUGCAGAUAUCAGAGAAUGGAUGGGUGACUUUCGUGAGAUAAGGAAUGUGGCAAAAUAUGCUGCUCGACUUGGUCAAUCUUUUGGCUCGUCUAGAAAAACUUUGUGUGUUGAAGAACACGAAUUUGAAGUUAUUCCUGAUGUAGAAGUUGAAAGGAAGAAAACUAAGUAUUGUUUCUCUGAUGGGAUUGGAAAAAUAUCUAAAACAUUGGCUGAGAAGGUUGCUGAAAAAUGUGGCUUGAUCAGUCAUACACCAUCUGCCUUCCAGAUUCGAUAUGCUGGAUACAAAGGCGUUGUUGCUAUUGACCCAACAUUGAAAAAGAAAUUGUCAUUACGGAAGAGUAUGUUAAAGUAUAUGUCGCUUGAUACACAACUUGACGUUUUGUUAUGGAGCAAAUAUCAACCCUGUUUUCUUAACCGUCAGGUGAUAAACCUUCUGUCAACUCUUGGAAUUAAGGACCGUGUUUUUGUGAAGAAACAAAAGGAGGCUAUAGAUCAACUAGAUUCUAUUUUAGAAGAUCCAUCAAAGGCCUUAGAAGUGUUGGAGUUAAUGUCCCCGGGAGAAAUGACUGGUAUUCUGAAGGAAUUGCUUUUGUUUUACAAGCCAAAUGAAGAACCUUUUCUAAAUAUGAUGCUACGAACAUUUCGAGCGGACAAAUUUUUAGAUUUGAGAACAAAAUCGAGGAUCUUUGUUCCCAAGGGAAGAACAAUGAUGGGUUGCCUGGAUGAAACUCGAACACUAGAAUAUGGGCAAGUGUUUGUCCAUUGCUCUAUCCCUGGAAGAUCAAAUGAAAGUAAUUUUGUAAUUAAGGGUAAAGUGGUUGUUGCUAAAAAUCCAUGUUUACAUCCGGGGGAUGUGCGUGUGCUCGAUGCCGUUGACGUGAAAGCUUUGCAUCAUAUGGUGGAUUGUGUUGUUUUUCCACAGAAAGGAAAAAGACCUCACCCAAAUGAAUGUUCCGGGAGUGAUUUGGAUGGUGACUUGUACUUUGUUUGUUGGGAUCCGGAGCUGACUUGUAUUAAACCAGUUAAACCUAUGAGUUACGAGCCUGCACCAACUAUGCAGUUGGAUCAUGAUGUCACAAUCGAGGAAGUGCAAGAAUAUUUGGCCAAUUACAUGGUGAAUGAUGGUCUUGGAGCCAUUGCAAAUGCUCAUACUGUCUUUGCAGAUAAGAACCCUAAGAAGGCAAUGAGUACUGAGUGUAUUAAACUUGCAAAACUGUUCUCCAUUGCUGUUGACUUUCCAAAGACUGGUGUGCCAGCAAACUUGCCACGCAAUCUUCGUGUCCACGAGUAUCCAGAUUUCAUGGACAAGCCCAAUAAGCCGACUUAUGCAUCAAAUGGUGUUCUUGGGAAGCUUUUUCAAGGAGUGAAAGAUGUUUCUUCUGAUGUCAACACCCUCGAAAUCUUCACUAGGGAAGUUGCUAUCAACUGCUACGAUCCAGACAUGGAAGUAGAUGGUUUUGACAAGUAUUUGAGUGAAGCUUUUGAUUACAAGACUAGGUAUGACUUCAAAUUGGGGAACCUUAUGGAUUAUUAUGGUAUCAAAACAGAACCUGAAUUAGUCAGUGGAAACAUCUUAAGAAUGGCAAAGUCUUUUGAUAAAAGGAAUGACUUGGAACAAAUUACCUUUGCCAUGAAGUCACUAAGAAAAGAGGCCAGGGCUUGGUUCAAUGAGAAGGGAAGUAAGUCUACAUAUGACAACAGCAAAGGCGAAGAGGAAGAAUAUGCAAAAGCAUCUGCGUGGUACCAUGUCACGUAUCACCCAGAUUAUUGGGGUCGUUAUAAUGAAGGUAUGCAGAGAGAUCAUUUUUUGAGUUUUCCAUGGUGUGUUGCUGACAAGCUUAUUCAAAUUAAAAGAGAGAAGACGUUAUUGAUGAGUUCUUCACCAAUGUCGUCACUGAUACACAAAUUUGGCAGUUUGAGUUUAUACUAACUUUUGGAGGCCAAGUUAUAUUUUGCAUUCUGAUCUUCUCUAUAUUUUUUUCUCGUGAAAUAUAAUAUCUUUAGGUAAACAUCUAGGUUUAAAUUUUCUUGGUCUUGUAAUUUUAUGAAGUUUUUAAUAGGUUUUAUAUGCUCAAAGUGAUUGUGAUGAGAUGAUCAGAAUGUUCAACAUCUGGGUCCUUGAGUUCUAAGGAUGAUGGUGAGGAAGUUUUAAUUUUAUGUUCCUAAUUAAAGAAA